AGAGAAAGAGAAACAAUAAGAAAAAAAAGGCGCCUAAACUAAUGUUGGGAUGCGAGUCUUAAAUAACUGUCACAACAAACAAACUUGGGCAAGCACCAGCAUCUAGCCCCCCUCUCUGAUUUUCUCUCUCCUCUUUCUUUCUCUGUCCGAGGAAUCCAAUCAUCACCCUAAAAAGCAAAGCAAAUCCAAUAUCCAAUCUCAUGAAAACCCUAAUAAUUUCUUGCACGAAAUUGCCAAAUUGCGUGUAACUUUCAUCUACGAAUCCAAUCCCCUGUUUCACCUUUCCAAAUCGCCAUCAAAGCACUGCAACAUAGAAAUAGAGGAGAGAUAAGAUACAAAGUUGUCGUUGUUUGGAAUUUUCGACAUUUAAUCCGCCAUUUUUGUGAUCAUGCGAAGAUUAAGCUUCAAGGUGGCGAAUGAAAAGGAGGAAUUGUUUAAAGAAGAGAGAGAUGAAUUGUACUUAUCUAGGGUUCCAUUUGAGGUGUCUUUGUCGUCGUCGUUGAAACCUCGACGGAGUUUUUGUCGGAGUUCGUCGAUUUCUUCGGCGUUGUCGUUUGUGAGUUCCAGGAAGAGUUUCUCGUAUGAUAAGUUAGCUCAGGCUCCCAUUCAUCUCACCGUCGUCAAAUUGGAUGGCUCCUCUUUCGGAAUUGAAGUCUUAAGGAUGGCUACGAUUUCUGAUCUUAAGGAAGCAGUGGAGAGUGCUUUCAGUCAUUUGCCUAACAAAGGACCUGGCAAGAUUUCGUGGCGACAUUUAUGGGCACAAUUUUGCUUAUCUUAUCGUGGUCAGGAGCUACUAAAUGACAGUGAAUAUAUCAAGAGCUAUGGCGUCAGAGAUGGCGAUGAGCUUCGCUUUGUUCGGCACGUGUCUAUUGCUUACAACCUCAUAAAGAAGAGAUCAUCUAAAAGAAUAGAAGCUCCUAAGCCAAUAGUAGAGACCUACGAAGAGGAAAUGCCGAAAGAAGAGGCCUCUGAUGAUCUGGAGAAUCUAAGUUGUCAAGUAGAGGAUAUUUCAAGCCACAAUGAUACGUACAUGCUCUCUCAGUUUUUUAGGGGGUGGUUUAUGUAUUCGAGACUUUCUAGCUCAGAGCAGCUAAAGUUGGAAGCGCAAGCCAAUCGAUCAAGGUGGACAGGCGGAUUUGUUGGCUGCUUAAGAAGCUUGUUUCAUAUUUGUGAUAAUAGACGCCCCAACUAUUCUUCCAGAGUUGCACAGGUAGAAAUUUGAUUAGUAUCAUUUGCACAAACGUACCUCCUCCCUCUGCUGAACUGGCUUCUGUUGGAUAGUCAUGCAUUAACAGUACUAUAUAAAAGUUGUGUACAUAUUUACACCGCGGGAAUAAUUCGAGUGCUUAUACGGAGCUUCAAAUCAAGCUAUAGGAUCAUUUUCAAUACCUGAUACAUUUGUAGAAAUAUGGCACGUAUGAACGAGAAUCAAUAAAUAUAUUGAAAUUUUCACUUUCUCCCGUCAUUACCUGCAAUUCUUAUCAUUAGUUUGCUACAUGUCUUUUCAUAUCAUGAGUGUGAUGAAGCUGGUAAACUGGUAGUUCAUUUGUGAUGCUUACUCUUCUCAGAGGAAAGAACAAUUUAGAAGCAGUUCGGUUGUUUGGUUCAAAGUAUGGAAUAGAAAGGGAAUGAAAACAAAUAAAGGAGAGUAAUGGUAACAAAAAUGUUUUGCUUUAUUAGGUAUUUGGAUCAAGCCAUGGAAUUGAAAUGAAAUGGUAACUAUUACCACCAAAUAAUGUAUUUUGUUACUUGAGGGGGAGGGAAGGGUAACAAAUUGGGGGAGUUCAUUAGCACCAAGUAAUGGUAAUGGAUUAAUGAGGGGUUGAAACUUAAAUCAAACAAAAAGAAAGGGAAUCGGUAAUUGAUUCUGUUUCUUGGAGCCCAAAAAUCACGAAUCAAACGUGCUUUCAACUGGAAACUUCGGGUAAUGGACUUGCUUACUGGGCGAGUUGGUGGCUUGGUGCAGAUUUAGCCAAUUGUGGGUUAUUUGGCUACUUAAUUCCAAUUUUUUUUUACAUGGUUAUGAUAUAAGAAACCCUAAUUUAGUCAAAUAUUGAGAAUAAAUAAAAUUGAAAGGGAAAUGAAUAAAGAGGGAAGAAAGUGAAGCAAAACAAGGUUUCACUUUACUUAUAUGCCAUUUUCCACUUUUAAUAGUGAUACUAACUACUAGUAAUUCCCCUCAACAAAAAAAAAAAAAAAAUUACUGGUAAUUACUAUAACAAAAAGUUCACAUAAAAGAUGCAUCACAAAUCCUCGAAUGAAACUCUUGUUGUAAGACCGUCUCACUAUUUAUUUUGCGAGAAUCACUUUUCGUAUGCUUUUUUUUUUUAAAGAUAAGUCCUUUAAAUAAAGAAAUGAUAAUCAGAUAGUCUUGUAGUAGACCAAUAGAAAAUGCAUCGUAUUCACCUUACUUAAAAAGUAAGUAUCAAGUUUAAAUUCAAAUAAUUUUCAUAAAUCUAACAAGAUUACUUCAAAAAUAAUAACGUAAAGAAAACACACCCUAAUCUCGGUCGAAAAAGAAUUUUCAAAGAAAAGAAUAUUCAUAAUAAAACAAAUUAUUGGAAAAGAAAAUUACAAAAAAAAAAAUGAAAAUUGUUUGUACCACAACUUGGGAACCCAAAAUUGUGUGGCAUAGAUUGGGAUAACCUUUUCCCCAAACCCAUCUUCUCCCUCUCCAAACCAAAACACCCCCCAUCAAAAAUCUCUCACCAAUAACUCCAUUAUCAUCUUACACACACAAAAAAAAAAACACACAGAAACACAAAAAAAAAAAAAAGAACAACAAAA